GCACGCUCGCCCAGUCGCUGUCCAGUUGCUGUCCAGUGAAGUCCAGCAGUCGCAGCCGCAGCCGCAGCCGCAGUAGCAGCAGUCGCUCUCGCAGUCGCAGCAUCCCAGCGGAUCCCCGAUAGUGAUGUGGAAACAAAGAAACCCUGUAACAAUGCUCAAACUGUGUGUGCGUGUGUAGACUCUAGAAAACUCUAAGCCAAGCGAACAAGGACAGUGCCCAGAAAGUGAUAAAUCGAAGGCCAAAGACGAGAAAGUCUCUCUAAAUUAGCCAAGUGAUCAAAAAAAAAUAUAACUAGCUCCUUGAAAUAAACGCAAGAUAAACCGACUUCUAGUGCCUGAUAACCGCGAUUUAAAGCAAAAUGGAUUACCUCACAAUGUUCUACGAUGGCUGGCGGGAUCUGAUGGACAACAAGUCGGAUCCGCGAACACGAGACUACCCGCUCAUGAGCUCGCCGUUCCCCACGAUAGCCAUCAGUCUGACAUACGCGUACAUCGUGAAGGUACUCGGACCCAAGCUCAUGGAAAACAGAAAGCCUUUCGAGCUACGCAAGGUCUUGAUCGUCUACAAUGCAGCGCAGGUUGUCUUCAGUGCCUGGCUCUUUUACGAGUCCUGCAUAGGUGGAUGGCUGAACGGCUAUAGUUUGCGAUGCGAACCCGUUAACUAUUCCUACUCGCCGAAAGCGAUUCGUACCGCAGAGGGUUGCUGGUGGUACUACUUCUCCAAGUUCACCGAGUUCUUCGACACCUUCUUCUUCGUGAUGCGCAAGCGGUACGACCAGGUGUCCACCCUGCACGUGAUCCACCACGGCAUCAUGCCCGUAUCCGUCUGGUGGGGCGUCAAGUUCACGCCCGGCGGCCACUCCACCUUCUUCGGCUUCCUGAACACCUUCGUGCACAUCUUCAUGUACGCGUACUACAUGCUGGCCGCGAUGGGCCCCAAGGUGCAGCGCUACCUGUGGUGGAAGAAGUACCUGACGGUGCUGCAGAUGAUCCAGUUCGUCCUGGUGAUGGUGCACUCUUUCCAGCUGUUCUUCAAGAACGACUGCAACUACCCCAUCGGCUUCGCCUACUUCAUCGGAGCCCAUGCGGUGAUGUUCUACUUCCUGUUCUCAAACUUCUACAAGCGCGCCUAUGUGAAGCGCGGUGGCAAGGACAAGCCGGCGGUGAAGGCGAACGGACAUGCGAACGGACACGCCAAGGCGCUGAAGGACGGCGAUGAGGCGCCCGCCAGCAACGGCCAGGCCAACGGCUUCCACAACUCCUUUUCCAAGUUUACCACGAAUAUGUGCAAUCCGGCCCUGAACUCCGCGACGAGACAGCGCGUGCUCGUGAACGCCGGCAACAAGUGAGCCCCGCCAGCCCGCCAGCCUGCCUGCCAGCCAAACAUGAAACACACAUAAGCAUAAAUUAAUUACGCUACCAAUUAAAUUACCGUACAUUUAAAUUAAACGUAAGCAUAGGGAGUCCAAGCCUACAUCUAAGCCAAAUCGAAUUCGCAAACCAGAUCAAUUAAAGACAAGGAAACAAAAACAUUAUUUCAUGGUCAAUCCAUGGUGACCGCACGUAUGGAUCACACAUCGCUGGCCAACUGCUCUGCUGUCGAUCUGCUGUCCUUCCAAUAUAAAUAAAUCCACACUUGUCCCCAACGCCUUCCACAUCCCGUCAUACACGUGCAUGUACAUAGAUCGUUCAUCACUGCUGAGAGUUUAAGCGGUUCUCGUGGCGAUAGCGCCGCUCAUCUAAUUGUAAUACUUUAAAAUACAUCCUUGUUCGACGGAGCGACGGUCACUGAUGACCGCCGCUCGUUCGCCAAGCCGUCCCGCUUUACAUAUCUAUCGCUCUGCACUUUUGUAUUUUUGGUUAUGCAAGCGAAGCUUUUUGAUACGUGUAUAUUAUUUCUAUGGAUUGUUUUGAACAAAAGAAAUGUGUUUUUAUUUUAUAAAUAAAUUCGAGAUUAAAACGUA